CUGGCUUGCUCCUCUUCAGCCCGCCGCGCCGAUGGCGCUCAACAUCAGCACCGAGCUCGGGGUGAUCCGGCUGCGGCUCCGGCCCGACGCCGCGCCCGAGACGGCCUCGUACAUCUCGCGGGCCGCCGCCGCGGGUGCAUACGAUGGCACCAGCUUCUACCGCAGCGACUUUGUGAUCCAGUGCGGCCUCCACGGCUCGGGCAAGCCCAACCCGCUCGGCGUCGACCUCAAGGUCAACGAGACGGCUCUGCACCAGCGCGUGAGCAACGCGCGCGGCACCGCCGCCGUGGCACACUGGGACGUGCCAGACUGCGGCAACACCGAGUUCUUCAUCAACCUCGGCGCCAACUCGCACCUCGACGCGGCCUACGGCGGCUACUGCGUCUUUGCCUGCGUCGAGGACGACGCCUCGUUCGCGGUCGUCGAUCAGAUCGCUGAGGCAGUGAAGCAGCGCAGCAAGGUCGCCAUCCAGUCGAUCACCGUGAGCUAGCUAGCGGCUGCAGGGGUGUGGGAGUCGGCCGGCGUGUUUGACUUAAGGGUUGGCGCCGCUGCGGAUCGGAAUCGGGGGCGGCAGAUCGCUCGGUGCAUGUUUCCUGACGAGAGAGUGCACUUGGGGCACUUGGAGUCGUGCAGUCGGCAGCCUCACAUCCAGGGCGGCCGGGGAGCUGAGUGCAUGCUUCCGUUUUCUCAGUUCUCACGUUUACGUUCCGUAAAUACGUUGCUUAUUUUUUUGCUCUGUGCCGUGCAA